UUCUUCCUUCUUUCCUCUCCACAUCUGUCCUUUUCAUCAAUCUUCAUCUCUCAUCUUCACCAAUUAGUCUUCUUUCAUCUUUUUCUUAUCAUGUCAACGCCUCCAAUGGAUGCUCGCAAUGCACAAGCUAGUGCUACGCUGCGCAUGUUGCAGAACAAGCGUCCUGUGCCAGAGAUCGACUUUACUAUUCAUACCAUGGAGGAUGGCACAACAGCUUCAACAAUCGAACGAUACAAUAAAGACGUUCAAGCGCCCGCUGUAAUGCUGCCUACGAACGACAUGUUUUUUUCCAAAGAGUUCCCGGAUAGACCCGACUUGGCGUUCCUUAAAGACCACUUUUUCCGAGAAGGCAGAAUUACUGAGGAUCAGGCUAUUUACAUCCUUCAAAAGGCCACAGAUAUUUUGAGGACGGAGCCCAAUUUAUUAGAAGUUGAUGCCCCGAUUACUGUGUGUGGUGAUAUCCAUGGACAAUAUUACGACCUCAUGAAACUAUUUGAAGUUGGAGGGAAUCCAGAGUCAACAAGAUAUUUGUUUUUGGGUGACUAUGUCGAUCGUGGAUAUUUCUCUAUUGAGUGCGUACUCUAUCUCUGGUCGCUCAAGAUCUGGUUCCCAGAUAGCAUCUUUUUGCUACGUGGAAAUCAUGAGUGCAGACAUCUAACUGAUUAUUUCACCUUCAAGACCGAGUGCAAACACAAGUACUCAGAAAAGGUGUAUGAUGCUUGUACAGAGUCCUUCUGUACAUUGCCUUUGGCGGCAGUAAUGAACAAGCAGUUCCUCUGUGUCCAUGGAGGGUUGUCGCCCGAGCUCAAUACGCUGGAUGAUCUCCGAAAAAUCAACCGUUUUCGAGAACCACCAACAUAUGGACUCAUGGGCGACUUACUUUGGGCAGAUCCUCUUGAGGAGUUUGGGCAAGAAAAAACUAAUGAGCACUUUAUACAUAACCAUGUUCGCGGCUGUUCGUAUUUCUUCACCUAUCAUGCUGCUUGUGCUUUCUUGGAAAAAAAUAAUCUACUAUCUAUCAUCCGCGCACAUGAGGCUCAAGAUGCUGGAUACCGCAUGUAUAGGAAGACCAAAACAACUGGAUUCCCUUCAGUUAUGACAAUCUUUUCUGCUCCCAACUACUUGGACGUGUACAACAAUAAAGCCGCGGUACUCAAAUAUGAAAACAAUGUUAUGAACAUUCGCCAAUUCAAUGCGUCACCUCACCCCUAUUGGUUACCCAACUUCAUGGAUGUUUUCACUUGGUCCCUUCCAUUUGUUGGUGAAAAAAUCUCGGACAUGUUGGUGGCUAUUCUUAGUUUAUGCAGCAAGGAGGAAUUAGCUGAGGAUGAUCUCAUUCUCAGCCUUACAUCUCAGAAUAACUCUGCACUAGACGGCACCCCUGAAACAACGGCAGCAAUAAUGGAAGGAUUGACAUCACAGGACAGCGUAGUAGUUGAACAAAAAGUAGAAAUGGAAUCCGCUAGCAAGAGCCGUAUUCGACAAAAAAUCCUAGCUGUAGGACGACUGUCGCGCGUCUUUGCUGUUCUGAGAGAAGAAUCAGAAUCCGUCUCGGAGUUGAAGGAUCUUAUGGGCACAACAAAGUUGCCAUAUGGAUCAUUAGCACUAGGUGCGGAAGGAUUGAGAAGAGCUAUUCAUACGUUUGAAGACGCUAGAAAGUCGGAUAUUGAGAAUGAGAGACUGCCACCGACAAAGGAAGAAAAGACAAAGGAGGAAAAAGACAAGAUUAUGAAGGCAAUUGAUGAGGCACAGCAUACUCCGCAAGCGAAGUUGGAAGAACUUGAAGCAUUGAAGAUGUCAGGCGAUAUCUAAGCAGAAUAUAGCUAAUUGGUUUUUGUAAAUAGCUUUAGACACAAUACUGCGCUGUUUGCUAAAAAAAAAAAUUUAUUGAUAAACACGUCUUACAAAGUCC